AUGCCAUUUGAUGGCAGAAUAAGGGAGUUUUCCUUAUUGGGAAUCGACAAGUUCAACACGAGCUGUUCUACAUUUUUGCUUACCCACUGCCAUGCUGACCAUCUCGUGGGAUUACUUGCAAAGUCCUUCUCUGGUUACGUUUAUUGCUCAGAGGACACGAAGAGGCUUCUUCAGCUCUCAGGGAAGUACGAUAGGGUGAUGCCGCUACUACAGGCUAAAAGGUUUCAUGAACCGUUUGAAGUUCUGCUUCUGCCACCAGGCUCAUCUCUAGACUCUGAAUGCGAGCCUGUGAAUGUUACUAUUACGCUUUUGCCAGCUUACCAUUGCUUGGGCGCUACCAUGUUCUUGGUGGAGUCCGAUUCCGCAAAUGUAUUGUGUACGGGUGAUAUUAAGGCUGAGGGCUGGUGGAGAGAGUCUUUGCAGACGAUGCCGGCUCUUUCUCCGUACAUCAAUGGCAGCAAAAAGCUAGAUAACAUGUAUGUGGAUAUGAGCUUCUCCUACCGUCGGGAACCGUACAUAGAGAUCCCUCCGAAUAACGCCGGGAUCCAUACGGCCAUACAACUCUUGAAGGAUUACCCUGAGGAUCCAGAGAUUGUGUUUCUGUUUCAUGAUACAACUCUUGGGUUGAGCAGGCUUGGGCAUUUAUUUUGA